AAUGUAAAAUCACCAUAAUUAUAUAUAAUCCACUUGAUUAUCAGCAAAUUGCUAAAACAAUCACUGCAUUAUGGCCUAUUUCAAGUAUGUACCACUCAGAGCAACAUGCUCUUUUGAUCCACCCUGUGCAGACAGGAGCAUGUGAAAAAUAAAGGUUUUCAGACUUGGGAAGUAAACUCGCACGACCGGCUAGAGGGAGUGUCCUCAUGUACUCCGCCUAGUGAUGGUGCAGACCAUGUGUAGACAGGCGCAGGAAAGACUCACAUGUCACAGAGCCUCAAUUACAGUAGCACGCUCUGAUCUGGGGUAUACUUGAAAACACGGUCACAUGGUUUGAAAAGAAAAGAAAAAAAAGCAAGAGGAGGAGGAAGUCGGGACCGGAUAGCAGCAUGCUUACCUGGCAGAGUUUUAGUCUCACCGUAUCCUCACCGAUGAAUUUACCUGACACUUCUGUGCACUUGGGCACCUGUUGGAGGAACUGACUUGGCCGGUGCGGCCCGCAAAAAGGACAUGACACAGAACGGCACUGUAGCCGGCAAUGGCACUCAAGCUGAUGCUCUCAAAAUUGUGAUCGUCGGAGAUGGAGGAUGUGGAAAGACAUCCUUGCUAAUGGUAUACGCCAAAGGAGAUUUCCCAGAGAAAUACGCUCCAUCUGUGUUCGACAAAUAUGUCACCACUGUGUCUUAUGGAGGGAAAGACAUUCAGUUGAAUCUCUACGAUACAGCAGGCCAGGAAGACUAUGAUCGCUUGAGGCCUCUGUCGUAUCAAGAAGUUAACCUCGUUAUCAUCUGCUAUGAUGUGACCAAUCCAACAUCGUUCGACAAUGUCACAAUAAAGUGGUACCCAGAAGUCCGUCAUUUCUGCCGUGACGUCCCCAUUAUCUUGAUAGGGUGCAAAACGGACCUGCGAAAAGACAAAGAGAAGACAAGGAAACUCAAAGCCUUAGAUAUGGCGCCCAUCACCUACCUCCAGGGUGAAGAGGUCCAGAAGCAAAUGAAUGCUGAGGUAUACUUGGAGUGUUCGGCUAAAUAUAGAGAAAACGUUGAGGACAUUUUCAGAGAAGCAACCAAGCGAGCGCUAGCAGCCAGAGCUAAAGCAAGACACCUUCACAAAAAGAAGAAACGCUGCACCAUUCUGUGACCAGUCCUGGAAGAAAUAGAUUUGGUUCAAGUGUUGUAUAUAUGAACUAUGAUAUUUUUUAAACAUUCUGGAACCAUCUGCAAAGCUUCUCAGAACUGUUUAAGCUUUCUCGAAGGAAUAGACAUGGGGUGUGCGUUUUCUCACAAUCUUCCCACCAUGCAAGGCUUACUGUAUGACAGAGAUCACCACUGUGUGUGCGAUAAGUUUGUAACGUCCACGCCACAUCCUUCUGGUGGUGUUACUGAUAUGACUUAAUGGAAUUUUGUCUUCCAUGAUGAUGGAUCCAAUAGGAGAUGGAAAAAGUGCUGCUGAUGUCUCAGGGAUGACCAAAUACAUAUCACAGGAUCAUAUUUCAAGUUUGGUUACAGUCUGUGUCGUGCACUGUUGUAUAAUAAUGGUGUAGUGUUGUAACGCACAACUAACUCAUGUAACUGCCAUUAUUAUGCACUGGGUGUAACAUGUUUCUGUUGUGUAAUUCAUUUUAUCUACUUGCACAAUUGUUGCAGCUGAAAUUUUAAACUUUGACACAGUAUUUCUCUCAGUCCACAUGUUAUAUAAAGCUUUCAGAAUUUUCUGUACACAAAAAUAGGCCUACUGGAAGUGUUCACACCAAUGUCGAUAGCGAUAAAGAUAUAGUUUGAAGAAUUGUUAAAAAUAAAAGAAUAGCAGAGUUCACACCACAACUAUGACUGAAACAGCAUAGAGAAACAAUAUCGUUGAAUCACUUUCACAAUUAUUUUACCAGCUGAUGAAUGAUUAAAACAGUGACAGCCAAUCAGAAUUCACCCUGCUUUAAAGAGCUCGAGCUCGGUGCGCGCAGUUAUUAUCGCUACCUUUCUUGGUGUAAACGGGCCUUAACUGUAGACCACCACCAUUUCCAUCAUUUUACUAGAAUUUCACUUUUUAUUUCUUUCAGUAUGGGGUUAUUUACUAUGCUUAACUUGUUCAGUUCUCACAGAUGCCAGAAAGUGUUGAAUCAUUUAAGCGGAAACUGUUUGUCUGUUCCACCCUGUAUGUAGAUUGCACAAUUAAACCUGUGUUAAGUUAUAUAUAUGCCUUUUCGCCUACUCAAGGAAAUUGUGUUUGAACAGGAUAAUGUCACUAUUAAAAUUCUGUAGCUCUUUUA